GUGAUGAGCUGUGGUGAUGAGUUCGUUGUUGUGUUUACAAACAAAAGAUUUUUUUUAUAAAUAAUGACUAAAUUUUAGUAAUACAUUUUAAUCUUUAAUAUUAAAUUAACCUGGCCAGUAAAAAAUGACAGACAAUACCCAAAUGAGCAAGUUAGAAGAUUUAUGCAGACUUUGCCUGGAAGGACCAGGAUGUGUUGAUAUUUUCAAGACUUAUCUCUUACCGCAAAAUAUUCAGUCGUGUACAGGGGUCGAGGUUGAACAAACAGAUAAACUACCGAAAACAGUGUGCAAAACUUGCUUUGAUAUUGUUAAUAGAGCUCAUCGUCUUCGGUUAACAGCAGCAGCUAAUGACAAACAUUUAAAAGCUCUACUCAACACUAUAAAUUAUCUUGAAAAUAUAUCGCCACAACAAAAAGAGAAUUCUGCUGAAACCACUAGUACUGAAGGAAAUGUAUGCUUGAAGAAAGUUAAAAAAGAUGAUGAAACUAAGGAUUAUAACAAUGUCCGUUUAGAGCAGCAAUCAAAUGAACCACCAUCCAAAAUAAUCAGAGUUAGAUCAGAUUUAUUUGAAAAUAAGAACUUAUAUAUUCAGAAUAUUGGUGGUGUGGAACAAAUAACAGAUGCAAAAUCAAACAAUCAAUAUCUCAAUUCACAUAGAAAAAAACAUCUCCAUCACUACGAAGAAGAAUUCAACAAAUUCAGAAGAGAUAGCAACCUACAAUACAAGGAAAUGAGAAGAAAUAGCACGCUACCACCAAAAACAGUACAAGAAUCCAAAUCUCCAAAAGUAUCGAAAGAAUCUGAGGAAGACGACCCACUUGAGUGCAAAACAUGUGGUAAAACGUUCCUAACACGAAAAAAGCUGUACCUACACGAUCGUCUACAUAAUAAAACACACGAAUGCACUAUAAAGGACUGUGGAAAGAAGUUUGCAACAAAAGGAGACCUACAAAAACACAUCAGAACACACACAGGUGAAAAACCAUACAUGUGCUGUAUAUGCAAGAAGCAGUUUGCUCAAGGUGGCACUUUGAAAACUCAUUUGGAAACUGUUCAUAAAGUGUGUAAGGUAGAAAUAUCAGCACCAUUUGGUGAAGGUAGUGUUGAAGCAUCAAUCUUUCAAGUGAUAGGUUGAUUAUAUUAUUUACGUGAACAUAUUUAGGGUGCUUUUCCAUCAAUAAUUUGCGAGAAUGUGUUUGUAAAUAACCAAUUAUAUCUCCUCAUUUAUAUUUAAACUUUGAAGCAUUUAGCGUUCAAAGCAAUAUGAUUUGUUAUUUACAAACACAUCCCUUGCUACACAUCCUCGCACAUAUGUGGUGGAAAUGCAGCCUGUAAGUUUUUACGCAAUAGGAAUAUAUCUAAAGAACAUAAAUGUACAUAAUCUUUUUAAUGUAAUUAAUUAAUAUUAAUUAAUUAAUAUUACAUACAAUAGAAACAUAAAUACAAUAGGAUUUAGAAUGAGGAAAACAUGUUAUUUUAGUAUGUUUUUGUGUAGUGCCUAUGAUACAUACUACGUAUAUAAAAAUGUAUGUGUAACACAGAAAUAAAAAAUCAAUAUAAGUAA